AUGGCAAUAAUGGAGUUCGGCGUCCAGCACCUCCAGAAGGGCAAGCUGGGCCUACAUAUCGCACAAGCAGUACUCGUCUUUGUCUCCUGGGUGCUAGAUAUUACUGUUUUCCGGAGUAGUGCUAAGAUCGACGGGAGGGUCGGGUGGAAUUUUGGUGUCUGCUUUCUAACAAUACCCGCUCUCAUCUACCUGACCAUGACCCCCCGCUUCCCACGCGCUCGCAAGUUGGCAAACCCAUAUGCCAUGGCAGUAGUCGAUUGUCUAUUUUGUCUUAUCUGGCUCAGUGCGUUUGCCACGGUGGCGAAUUGGAAUGGGGCCGGGAAGUGCGGAGAUGGGUGUGGAAAGGCAAAGGGAGUUGUUGCGCUGGGAGUUUUCACAUGGUUACUCUGGAUAGCAACAUCGCUAAUCUCCCUCUACGGCGUCGUAUACUACAAACGUGAAGGCUACCUACCUGGUGCUUCGAGAGUCCCUACGAAUGCGCAGAUGAUCGACCCGGAUAAGGAGGCCUUUAGUGCGGGGGCUCAUGAUGGCCACGAUGAUGAGUAUGCGCCUAUGCAUGAGGAACAUGAUAUGUUGCAUGAUGCGGAUCACCAUGAUGGACAAUCUAGUAGCCACUAUGAUGAAGGGGAGCAAUAUGGUGGAGGUGGAAGCGCUUAUGGGGCAGGAAGUGGAAGUGGAAGUGCUUACGGAGCAGGAAGCUAUGUGCCGCCGACUGUUCAUGAUGAACCUACGGGUUACGGUGGAGCGGGCAUGAUGCAUGAUGAACCUACUGGAUAUGGAGGAGCUCCUGCGAUGCAUAAUGGGAGAGCACAGUUUCCGAGUGCGAGGUAUGAUAAUGUAUAG